AUGGGAAGCGAUGAUUCACUUUAUUUGACCACAUAUGAGGCUGCUCUAGCGGUGGUUGCUACCUCGAUGAAAAAAGCCCGUCUUCGAAUUGAUACCUUGAUUAUUAACUCGAUAAUGGGUGGUAUAUUUUUUACUUCUGGUGGGAUGUUACAUGUAAUGGCUCAAUCACUUUGUCCAGAGAUAUAUAAGAGCGAUCCUGGAAUAAUUCAGUUAAUACAAGGUUUGGUUUAUCCGAUUGGUUUAUUUUAUGUCGUUAUAAUGGGGGUUGAUUUAUUCAAUUCAAACAUUCUUUUUUUCAGUGUUGGUGUAUGCAGAGGAGCAGUCUCAAUUCUUGAUCUAAUCAUUAGUUGGUUUGUAAGUUGGUGGUUUAAUUUGGCGGGUAAUAUAUUUGUUUGUUAUAUUUUUUGUCAUUAUUCUGAGGUAACAUCAACUUCGCUGAUGAUUGAAGGGUCAGUUGCAAUCUUAGUGAGUAAGGCAGAGCACUCAUUUGUUCAAACUUUACUUCGAGCAAUGGCUGGUAAUUUUUUCGUCUGUCUAGCCAUAUAUUUACAAUUGAUGGCAAAACCUUUACACGUUAAGUUUCUUAUGAUGCUUCUUCCAGUAUUCACCUUUGUUGCUAUGGGUUUUACUCAUUCAGUUGCUGAUAUGUUCAUGUUGGUCAUUGGUUUGAUAAACAAAGCCCCUGUUCCUUUUGCAACCGUGGUUUGGAAAGUUUUUUUACCUGGAGCAAUUGGUAACAUGAUUGGUGGUUCUUUUUUCGGAAUCGUCAUUCCUUGGUACUUACAUCUUGUAGUUGUUGAAAGAGAUCAAAGACUUUUGAACUUACCUAAAUACGAUGUUAGAGAUGAACAACCGGAAUUGAAUCAAGAUUCAAGAGUCGUGAGGCAAAAAGUACCUGAAGAAGAUGACAUUGUUGAAGAAUAUCCUGAUGAUUAUCUUCCAGAAAAAGAAAAAUCUGAAAAUUCUCAAGAGAUUUCUAAAAAUUUAUCAAGAGUUCCCACUCUAUCCUCAAGAGCUACCGGGAUGUCAAGGUCAAGUGCUGCAUCAAUUCGCCAAAGACACAAAUCUCCACAAAACGUGUUCCCUGUUUAUGGUAUGGGACCUCCAUCCGAAAGGGAAAGAUCGAUUGCCUCUGGGAAAUCCAGUAAAAACUUAAAUGAUAAUGCAUCGGUGUACACCGCCGGAACAGAGUUUGAUGUUGAGCCAGCUAAGUCUGCCGAAUACAUAGGAACUCAAAUAAGAAGAGCAUUAAGUCGUCGACAAUCGUCUAAUAAAACCGAUUUAGAACAACAACGUAGCCCUUCUAUCGAAAACAGACCUUCGCUUUUCAAAUCCCGAACUGUGAGUUCGAGACAGGCACCCUUCAAAAAUUUUUCAUUUAGCAACUAUUCAACAAAAUCAAAAAACAACCUUUCUGAUUUGAAUGAAAGGAUGGAUAGAGCCGGUAUCAAUAAUGUUGCCGCACAAGCUUCAAAUGAAGCUGCUGGUAUAUCACCUUUUUCAAUGACUCAAAAAAGGAAGUCUAUCCCCAAACAAAGCUCUCCCGAGAGACCUAUACCUACACAAAUUGAAGAAGAAUCACUGAGCAAAAGUGAAUCUAAAGAUGCUGAUGGUGAUAGUUCAUUCAAAAUUGCUCUGUAUAAUCCGGAAGAUGGAGAGAGGAAAGACUGA